AUGUCUCGAUUAAAAAAGAAAUCCCAUAACACCAUAAAUCGCUCUCUCCGUAUUUCGAGCAAUCUAUCUAUCUAUCUAUCUAUCUAUCUAUCUAUCUAUCUAUCUAUCUAUCUAUCUAUCUAUCUAUCACACACACAUACAUACAUACAUACAUAUGAACUAUCUUUACUCAAUCUUUCUUUCUGCUAUUUCUUUCUUUUUACAUCUCGACUCUUUCUUUCUUUUUCUUUCUUUCUUUUGAUCUCUUUAAUCUUUUCUUUCUUUUUUCUUUCUUUCUUUCUUUCUUUCUCAUUCUUUUUCUUUCUUUCUUUUGAUCUCUUUACUUUUUUCUUUCUUUCUUUCUUUCUUUCUUUCUUUCUUUCUCAUUCUUUUUCUUUCUUUCUUUUGAUCUCUUUACUCUUUUCUUUCUUUCUUUCUCAUUCUUUUUCUUUCUUUCUUUUGAUCUCUUUACUUUUUUCUUUCUUUCUUUUCUUUCUUUCUUUCUUUCUUUCUUUCUCAUUCUUUUCCUUUCUUUCUUUUGAUCUCUUUACUCUUUUCUUUCUUUCUUUCUUUCUUUCUCAUUCUUUUUCUUUCUUUCUUUUGAUCUCUUUACUCUUUUCUUUCUUUCUUUCUUUCUCAUUCUUUUUCUUUCUUUCUUUUGAUCUCUUUACUCUUUUCUUUCUUUAUUUCUUUCUUUAUUCUUUCUUUCUUUAUUUCGUUCUACAUCUCUACUGUUUCUUUCUGCUCUUUCUUUCUUUCCCCAUCUCCCCUUAUUCUUUCUUUCUUUCUUUCUUUCUUUCUUUCUUUCUUUCUUUCUUUUGCUCUCUUUACUCUUUUCUUCCAUUAUGCUCUUACUUUUUUUCUCUCUUCUUUUUUCUGUACUUUCUUUCCUUCUUUUUCCAUCUCUACUCUUUCUUUCGGGUCUUUCUUUCUUUUUUCUUUCUUUCUUUUUUACUGUUCUCUACCUUUCUUCACUUCUCUCUUCCCAAUUCAAAUCCGUUUAUAUGUCCGACUUUAUGUUUGGUAUCUAUCUAUCUAUCUAUCUAUCUAUCUAUCUAUCUAUCUAUCUAUUCUAGUAUGUUUAUCUAUCUAUCUAUCUAUCUAUCUAUCUAUCUAUUUCUCCUGUUCAAUAUCUAUCUAUCUAUCUAUCUAUCUAUCUAUCUAUCUAUCUAUCUAUCUAUCUAUCUAUCUAUCUAUGUGUGUCUUAUUCUGUUGCUAUCUAUCUAUCUAUCUAUCUAUCUAUCUAUCUAUCUAUCUAUCUAUCUAUUCAAGUUUUAUCGGCUCCUAAUAUCAUAUUUAUCGAUUCCCUUCUUCUCAUAUCUAUCUAUCUAUCUAUCUAUCUAUCUAUCUAUCUAUCUAUCUAUCUAUCUAUCCCAAAUUGUUCACAUUUCACAGUUUAUAUCUGCCAACAUCACCUAUAUCUAUAAAUAUUUGUUAAUAUCUAUUUAUCUAAUUGUUAUCCUGUUCAAAUUAUCUAUCUAUCUAUCUAUCUAUCUAUCUAUCUAUCUAUCUAUCUAUCUAUCUAUCCCAAUUUGUUUAUAUUUCACAGAUUAUAUCUGCCAACAUCACCUAUAUUGA